UGCCGGUUGCCUAUUAUACGUGCUAUUUUUUUUCACGUCACACAGGACGCUUUGCGGUGAAAUUAUCGAGUGGUUCGAUCUUUGACGUUUAAAUGGUCAUUCGGCUCAGGUGGAUAAUGUCGGUUCAGAUAGUGCGGUUGAAUUGAAAACGCGUUUUAGUCCGAUCGUGUGCGGCGAAAAUAAUCGUCACGUCGAUUCACCUGAAACUUGUAACGAUAAGCGUGGGAAAAUGAGGAGAAAGAAUGAGGAGAAAAAAUGAUUUGUGAAACUGUGACGACGAUACGACGAUGUGAAAUGUAUAGUGUGUACGUUGACGGUGCUGUUCUUGUUCAUGUUUGAUGCUAUUUUUUUUUUUUGUUUUUUGUUUUUGAAAUUUUUUUAUUCUGGUGUCGUUUGAGAUAUCGAGAUAGCCGAUCUCUGAUUGUUUACCCGAUUUGGAUUACCUGAACACACACCUCGCACGGACACCACGUUCAAAGGUGAGCAGACGAAGCCGCGGCGCGACUCACACCGACGCAACUAACGGCAGAAUUGAAGGGAUGUACCGAAUCUCCUAAUUCUGCAGGUGUGGACGCGGAGACGCCGAAGAAACGAGGGAGCGAGGGGGGGGGUGGAGCUCGUAGCCCGAGAAGUCGAUAGGAAUCGGAAUGAUGAGCUAGCGCGAUGAGGAGAUCGUGGCAGCAUUCGCUGCUGGCCUGGCCAUGGGCCUGGCUCUGGAUCGCCCUGGCGACGACUCCGGGUUCCCUGCCGUCGAGCGGGACGUCGGCUAACACCGCGUCGACGGUUUUCGAUCCUUCCGCGACCACUCCGUCGACGAAUGGCCGUUCGCUAACGGCGAAGGAGUUCCAGUUCACGCGACCCCUCUACAACGUCUCCAUUCCCGAGAACUCGGUCGGCAAGACUUUCGUUCUACCCGACGAAAAGAUGGGAAUCAAUUUGAACGAGGGCGGCGACGCCAUAGCGGAAAUUAAGUUCAAAAUAGUGGGCGGUGAUAGGGAUAAGUUUUUCAAAGCCGAGGAGCGUAUCGUCGGCGAUUUUUGUUUUCUUUUGAUAAGGACUCGAACCGGUAACGUGGACGUUUUGAACCGCGAGCGCAAAGAUCGUUACGUGUUGGAGGUACGGGCCACAUCGACGAAACGCGAUGGAAAAAACAGACUGACCACGGUCCUCGAGGCGGACACCACCGUCGUCGUCACCGUCCUCGACACCAACGAUCUGAGCCCCCUGUUCUAUCCCACCGAAUACGAGGAGACGGUCCCCGAGGACACGCCCUUGCACCGCGGCAUCCUCAAGGUGAUCGCCGAGGACGCCGACCUCGGUAGAAACGGGGAGAUAUACUACAGCUUCGCCGAGGAGAACGAACAGUUCGCGGUGCACCCGGUCAGCGGGGUGAUCACCCUGACGCGACCACUGAGGUACGCGGAGAGGGCUCUCCACGAGUUGAACGUACUAGCCGAGGACCGGGGAACUCUCGUCAGGGGCGGAGGCGCCUCGCGGGCGAGUACGGCCAAGGUGACGAUAAAAGUGCGUCAGGUGAAUCUUCACGCGCCCGAGAUUUACGUCCACCAUUUACCCGACGUUCUGGAACACUCGAACGCGGACAUUUACGCGAUCGUCCGUGUGGUGGACCGGGACGAAGGCGUUCACGGAGAAAUAGCGAGCCUCGAAAUCGUAGGCGGCGAUCCCGACGGACAUUUCAGGGUGCGGCAAGCGGAACACGGAAGCGGCGGCGGGAGCGGUAGAUCGGGGGAGUACAACAUCGAGAUCCUUCGUCUCCUCGAUCGCGAGACGGCUCCCCAGGGCUACAACCUGACCCUGAGAGCCGUCGACCGUGGAGUGCCUCAGAGGUUCAGCUAUAAAUCGGUACCCGUGCGUCUCACUGACCUCAACGACAACCCGCCGAUAUUCAACCGCGAGAUAUACGAAGUUAAGGUACCGGAAACCGCCCCCGUCAACACCCCCGUGAUAAGGUUGAAAGUGACCGAUGCCGACGAGGGUAAAAACGCGUUGGUCUUCCUCGAGAUCGUCGGUGGCAACCAGGGUGGGGAAUUCUAUAUAAACGCCGACACCGGGAUGCUAUACACCGCGGUCCCCCUCGACGCCGAGAAAAAAGCGUUGUACACGCUCACCGUGUCCGCUAUCGACCAGGGAAACGCCGGGACGAGAAAACAGUCCUCCGCCAAGGUGAAAAUCAACGUUGUGGACACCAACGACAACGACCCGAUAUUCGAGAAUUCCUCGAUGCUGGUGUGGUUGGACGAGAACGAGCCAGCCGGCACCUCGGUGAUCAAAGUCACGGCGAAAGACAGGGACUCAGGCGAGAACGCCUACAUUUCGUACAGCAUCGACAACAUAAAAAAAGUACCCUUCGAGAUCGACCCGUUCUCCGGUGUGGUGAGAACCAAGCAGUUGCUCGACUACGAGACCAUGAAAAGGGACUACGUCCUCCACGUGCGGGCGAGCGACUGGGGCCUGCCUUAUCGUCGUCAGACGGAAAUGCAGUUGCGCGUCAAGCUGAGGGACGUGAACGACAAUAGGCCGCAAUUCGAGAAGGUGGAUUGCACGGGACACGUGCCCAGGUACGUGCCAAUCGGCUCGGAGAUCAUCACCGUAUCGGCGAUCGACUUCGACGCCGGGAACAUAAUCAGUUAUCGCCUGGUGUCCGGCAACGAGGACGGCUGCUUCUCCCUCGACUCGACCAGCGGAGUUCUUUCCGUCGCCUGCGACCUGAUGGACGUCAGAAUGGCGGAGAGAGAGGUCAAUCUGACCGCCACCGACGGCACCCACUUCGCGGACGUCACGCGGGUCCACAUCCAUCUCGUGAACGCGAAGCGUAACCUCGGGUCGCAGGGUAGAAUCUUGAGCGACGCGACUGGUGCCUUCGAAUGCAGGGACACGGGGGUGGCGAGGAGACUGACGGACGCCAUCGCUUCGGCGGAAAAGAACAACAUGCCCAGUCGGGACGACGAGUACGCGAUGAUGCCCAGUCGUUACGGCGACAACGUUCACGCUCCCGAGUUCAUCGACUUUCCCAAUGAGAUAAAGGUCAACGAGUCGGUGGCGAUCGGGACGACCUUGGUGAGACUGAGGGCGAGGGACCGGGAUCUCGGGUACAACGGGAAGUUGAUAUACGGGAUAUCGGCGGGAGAUCGCGACUCCGUCUUCCGUUUGGAUCCGGACUCGGGGGACCUGAACGUUAUCAGUUCCCUGGACCGUGAAAAGGAGAACGAAUACUUCCUGAACGUGAGCGUUUACGAUCUCGGGAAACCUCAGAAAUCGGCCUCGAGAAUGUUGCCCAUAACGGUGCUCGAUGUCAACGACAACGCGCCGAAAUUCGAAAAAUCCCUGGCCAGCUUCAAAAUCACGGAAAACGCGUUGAACGGCACCAACGUAUUCAGAGCGAACGCGACGGACGCCGACCUCGGUGAGAACGCGAGGGUCUCCUACUCCCUCGCUACCGAAACCGGCAAUUUCAGAGUCGAUCCGACCACGGGUGUUCUCAGCGUAUUCGGUAAACUGGACCGCGAACGUCAGGAACUCUACGAAUUGCGUAUCAGAGCGAGCGACAACGGAGGGGUCGGUACCGACGAACAUCCGCUCCACUCGGAGGCUCUGGUUCGCGUCACGGUGGACGACGUCAACGACAACGCGCCAAAAUUCGCCCUGCCCAGCUACACCGUGAAGAUACGCGAGGACGUUCCCGUUUGGAGCGUCGUGGCUGUCGUCACCGCGACGGAUCCGGACGAGGGACCGGGCGGAGUCGUCGAGUAUUUCCUCGGCGACGCGAUCCUCGACGGCGAAGGAUUUUUCAAAGUCGACAGAGUCUCGGGAACGAUAAGAACCGCGCAGCCCUUGGACUUUGAGGAAAGGCAGGUCCACAGUCUGUCCGUCGUGGCGAGAGAUCGCGGCGAGCCCUCGAUGUCCACCGAAACGACGGUCAUCGUCGAAAUCGUGGACGUGAACGAGAAUCUCUACGCGCCAGUGUUCGACGAUUUCGUCGUAUCCGCAUCCGUCAUGGAAAAUCAACCGAUCGGCACCCUCGUUACGACGGUCAGGGCGACGGACGCCGACGCCCUCGGAGGAGACUCGAGGGUCAGCUACAGCAUCCGAGGAGGUGACGGGAUCGGAAUUUUCUCCAUCGACGAACAAGGGAACAUAAAGACCAAGGCGAUCCUCGACGUCGAGACGAAAAGUGGAUACUGGCUAACCGUUUACGCCCAGGAUCACGGAGUCGCACCGCUCAACGCCAAGGUCGAGGAACUUAUCGAGCCGAUGUUCGCGCAGGUUUACGUAGCGGUACUCGACGAGAACGACAACACACCGUUGACGGAAUUGCCCGUUUAUUACCCGACCGUUCCGGAGAAUUCACCGGCCGGAGUCACCGUGGUACAGGUCCGAGCGUUCGAUCGCGACGUUUCGCACCAGAGACUCACCUUCGCCAUCACCGGAGGCAACCCCGAGGGCUUCUUUCUCGUCAACUCCACGACCGGUCUCAUCACGACGAGCGGCAGAAAACUCGAUCGCGAAAACCAGGCCGAACACAUCCUCGAGGUGACGGUUAGAGACAACGGGAAACCGCCCCUGGCAUCUACGACUCGGGUAGUGGUGGAAGUCGAGGACGUUAAUGACCAUGGACCAGAGUUUGAGCAAAAGUUCUACACCGUCCAGAUACCGGGAUCGCCUAAGGUCGACAAGCCGUUGUUUCAGAAAUCGAAGAAUCGAACGCGGGAUCUCGAGCUCACGGUCGAUGCGUUCCCUGAAAAUGGAACUUGGGAGACUUUUAGCCCAGACAGCUUGUCAGGAGAUCAUUUAUUGAGGGUCUUGGCGAACGACAGGGACGUCGGAGCGAACGGAGAGAUCCAGUACAGCAUCAAAGGCGGACGGGGCAAAGGGAAAUUCAAGAUCCAUCCCACCACCGGAAUGGUCUACUCCCAGCGCGGGUUUGAGGCCGGCCAGGAGUACGAGCUCAUGAUACGAGCCGUUGACGGCGGAGAGCCGCAACGCAGUCAUCAGACGAGGGUCUCGGUUCAAGUUAUCGAGGCGCCGAAGGAUUCCGCGGCUAUUCCGGUCUUCCAAACGACGAAUCAGAGCGCGGAAGUCACGGAGAGCGAUCAGGUCGGCUUCCUCGUAGCUCUCGUUCAGGCGCACGACAAGGACGGCAACGCGUUGUGGUACGACAUCGUCGACGGUGAUAAGCGUGACGAAUUUUUCAUCGGCCGUGACAACGGAAACGUUUUACUCGCGAAGCAACUGGACUGGGAGACUCAGAACCGGUACAAUUUGACGAUCAGCGUGACGGACGGGGUCAACACCGUGUACACGCAGCUCUUCGUCACCGUGAUCGACAUAAACGAUCACCGACCGGUAUUCACCGAAAAUGUUUACCGUAUCGAUAUUUCGGAGAACGUCGCCAAGGGCGAGAAGAUCCUCCAGCUCCACGCCACCGACAAGGACGAAGACAAGAAGGUAUUCUACAGCCUCCACGCGGCCCAAAAUCUUGAUUCUCUCGAGAUCUUUCACGUCGAUUCCGUCUCGGGAGUUAUGACCCUCAACGAACCCCUCGACCGCGAAACAACCGAGGAACACGUACUCACGGUUAUGGUCAAGGAUCAGGGGACCCCGGCGAAACGCAACUACGCCAGGGUUAUCGUUACCGUUCACGAUCACAACGAUCACGCGCCGGAAUUCACCAGCGAGAUAAUACAGGGUAAGGUCUACGAGACCUCGCCCGUGGGAUCCGCGGUCGUCCAGGUGGUCGCUAUCGAUCGAGAUCGCGGCGAUAACGCCAAAAUAACGUACUCGAUAACAUCUGGAAACGUCGGGAACGUAUUCAGCAUAGAUCCGGACCUCGGUCUGGUGACGAUCGCGAGAGAACUGGACCUGGGCGUCACGUCCGAGUACAUAUUGCUGGUGAAGGCGACGGACCACGGAUCCCCGGCUCUGAUGAACACGGUGCCCGUCCACGUGAUGGUCACCAUGGCGGACAACGCGCCACCGAGAUUCCUCCACCGAGAGCUGGCCGCCGAGAUUUACGAGAACCAGCAGACGGGGACGUACGUGAAACACGUGGAGGCGCGGAGCACGUCUUCGCUGCAGUUCGAACUUCGCGAAGGAAACGUGGGGGACACGUUCUUCGUCGAUCCGAGCACGGGCGUUAUAACGACGAAAAAUCAAUUGGAUUACGAGGAGAGGAAAUUCUACAACCUCACCAUCGCCGCGACUAACAUGGCAGCGGCGACCGCCUUCUGCAACGUCAUCGUUCACGUACUCGACAAAAACGACAACGCCCCGCGAUUUCUGCAGGCCCUCUACAGCGGCGAAGUUAGCGAAGCGGCGGCGAUCGGAUCCCUGGUCCUGACAAACGGCAGUUCGCCGCUCGUCAUAAAGGCAAAAGACGCGGACUCCGAAUUGAACGCACUCCUCGACUACGACAUCGUCGAGGAUCUACCGCGGAAGUACUUCCACAUCGAUUCCAGUACAGGCGCGAUACGAACGAUUAUGGUCCUUGACCACGAGACUAUACCGGAAUUCGUAUUCCACGUGAAAGUCUCCGACCUGGGCAGGCCCAAGCUCUCGUCGGAGACGAUCGCUACGGUGAAGAUAUCGGUCAGCGACGUCAACGAUUCCCCGCCGAGGUUCACCCAGAACGAGUACAACGUCACGCUUCUUCUGCCCACCUACAAGAACGUCGCAGUCCUCAGGGUGAACGCUACCGACCCCGACAGCUCCGGAGGUUCGAAUUUGCGCUACGACAUCAUCGACGGUGACAAAAAUCAUGUCUUCGCGAUGGACUCCGAGUCGGGGGUCGUCACCGUUGACAAUCCGGAUCAGCUUAGGGCGAGCUAUUUGUUGCACAUUCGCGUUUCGGACGGAAAGUAUUCGAGCGUUACGCAGGUGAACGUGAUCGUCGAAAAGUCCGAAAAUUCGGGCUUAGUUUUUCAAAAGACUACCUACGAGGGAACCAUUUUGGAGAACUCAACGAAGGUGACCACCGUCGCGGUCGUGAACGUCCUGGGCAGUGCGCUCAACGAACACGUCGUUUUCACGAUACUGAACCCCACGGAGAUGUUCGAAAUCGGUACCACCUCCGGAGCCAUAAGAACCACCGGCGUCAGAUUCGACAGGGAGGUACGCGACAACUACGAGCUUAUCGUCGAAGCGAUGAGUCAGAUGCUCGACAGAGAAAAGCCCCGAGUCGCCCACGUAAUCGUCAACGUCACGAUACUCGACAUGAACGACAACUGCCCGAUGUUCGUAAAUCUUCCCUACUACGCGGUCGUGUCCGUCGACGCCCAGAAGGGUGACGUUAUAACCAAGGUACACGCUAUCGACAUGGACAGCGGUGACAACGGGGAGGUGCGCUACGAGUUGAAAAAAGGUCACGGAGAGUUGUUCAGAGUUUGUAGGAAGACCGGAGAGAUAUCGCUGAAGCAAAACCUGGAGGGUCACAACCGCGAGUACCAAUUAAUGAUAGCCGCGCUCGACGGUGGAAUAACACCUUGCUCGAUUGAGGUACCCGUGAACGUUAAAGUUAUCGACAAAUCCAUGCCGGUAUUCGACAAGCAAUUUUACACGGACAGUGUGCUCGAAAGCAUCGAAGUUCAUUCUCCGUUAGCCCUUUCAAUUCAAGCAGAAUCGCCGUUGAAUCGCAAGCUCAUUUAUAGCAUCGUCCGAGGAAACGACUUUGAAGAAUUUGCGUUGGACUUCAACACGGCCCCCGACAGUAACAAUGGUCCUUGUGUAAUCUAUGUGGUGGAUGAACUGGAUUACGAGCAAAAGAAACAGUACGAGUUAACGGUGCGAGCCACGGACAGCGUGUCAGGAGUUUACGCCGAGGUCCUCGUCAGCAUCCUCGUCCUUGACGUCAACGAUUGCCCUCCGGAAUUCACCCAAGAUUCUUAUAAUAUAUCCGUAUCCGAGGCAGCGCCAUUCGGCACAUCGAUCUUACGCGUGAAUUCCAGAGAUAAUGACACGGGUAUAAACCAAAAAGUCAGAUACGCUAUUCAAAAUGACACGGAGAACAGCACCGAGUUUUUCCAUAUAGACCCCGAGGAGGGUGUCGUCUAUCUCAAGAGAUCACUGGACCACGAAAAGCACAGUUCUCAUCAUUUCACCGUCCUCGCCGUGGACCGAGGUGUUCCGAGUUUAUCCAGCACAGCUCAUGUUUGGGUGACGGUCGUAGAUAUGAACGACAAUCCACCGAUAUUCGAACAGAUUUCGUACACUUGUUCGCUCUCGGAACACGCGGAGCGAGGACAAUUCGUGACCGUCGUCUCUGCGGGUGAUCAAGACUUCGUUGACGAGUCGGGAUUGGUGUACACGAUCGUCGGUGGCAAUGAUCAGCAGACUUACACCAUCGACCCGAACACUGGAAUAAUUUCAUUGAUAAACAUGCAGAACUUUGGCGAUCAGAAAAUGACCUUGCUAAACGUAUCCGUCAGCGAUGGGGUCUACACAAGCUUCGCGAGGGUGAAAAUCGAAAUACUGCCAGCGAACAGGCAUAAUCCAAAGUUUCCGAAUCCCCAGGUGGAAGUUACGGUAUUGGAAAAUCAACUUCCCGGAAGACUAGUUACGAACGUCAUAGCGGAUGACGAAGACUUCGGAGACUACGGCACCGUCACCUAUUCCAUACCGUCAGAGCUCAUGAGGGAAAUAUUCUACAUCAAUAAAUUAACCGGGGAAAUCGUGACGAAAAGGAAGCUCGAUCGCGAGAGCCAGAAGGUCUACGAGCUACCAGUCAUGGCCACGGACGGUGGUGGAAAAUCUGGAUUCGUUAUGGUCAGGGUCAAAGUUGGGGAUGAAAACGACAACUCUCCGAUAUUUUUACUCAAGGAGUAUAAGGCCACCAUACACAGCAACCUCUCGGUGAAUACGGUCUUCCUGAGGGUCAAGGCGUUGGACGCCGACGAAGACGACGCGGGUAAAAUCGAGUAUUCGAUAUACGAUAAGCAAAAUUCUGACGCGAAGGAUAUCUUCGGGAUUAAUGCAGAAACUGGUGCAUUGUUCUUGAAAAAGAGCGCGCUUCCUCGAGAAAAUCAACUGUUUCAAUUAUUCAUUAGAGCCGAAGACAAAGGAGCUAUUUCCCAUUACGCCGAUGUUCCCCUCAACAUUUACAUCGUCGGCCCACAAGACGUCCCACCUCUCUUCGAACGAAAAGAAGACAAGUUCUUUAUUUCCGAGGCUUCUCCCGCGGGAACUCUGAUUACUCGCUUGAAAACAGUUACUAACAGUACGGUCGUUUAUAGAAUAAUAUUGGGUCACGAUAACGUCUCACCUUUCGCUGUAGACGGAAAUGGUCAGAUAACGCUGGCUAAUCCUCUGGAUCGUGAACUCAAAGAUAGUUAUCUAAUUGGAGUCUUAGCUGAAACAGAAUCUAGUCCGCCUCUCACAGCUUUGGCCGAGAUUUCCCUUCAAGUACUGGACGAGAACGACCACGCUCCCAUGUUCGAGAGUAAUCCCUACUCUAUCAAUCUUGCGGAAAAUAUCGACGAGGGGAGUUCUAUUUUAAAAGUAAUCGCUCACGACAGCGACCUUGGGAGCAACGGUGAAGUCCGAUACUCGUUUGGAUCGGACAUCGGAGAACUUGCCAACGUCUUCACGGUCGAUGCCUACACUGGCUGGAUCUCAACGUUGAUUCAACUCGACAAAGAACAGCAGUCCGAGUACAAGUUUCAGGUAGUCGCGACAGACAACGGAAAUCCCAAACAUUUUGCGAGAACAUCGGUGCACGUCAAACUGAAAGACUACAACGAUAACCCGCCGGUAUUCGCUGACGAUCAUUACGACGCCACCGUCAAGGAAGAUGCUCUUCCAGGUACGGUUGUCGUCAAACUUGUUACCAACGACAGAGACGCUGAUCUCAAUACUCCCGUGGAAUUCUACAUCACAUCGGGGGACCCGAGAUCCCAAUUUCAAAUAAGGUCGACUGGCGAAGUCUACGUAGCGAAAAGUCUGGACAGAGAAAUGAUAAGUCGCUACGAACUGAACGUGAUCGGCACCGAUGGCAAAUAUGUUUGCGAGACAAAAGUGGCGAUAGAAAUUACGGACGUUAACGACAAUCCUCCUUACUGCCUGCGAUAUCGAUACAGAGAGGUCUUAUCGGAAGGUUCGCAUCCCGGAACAUACGUGCUCACGGUAUUGGCAACGGAUUACGACGACGAGCCGAACGCAAAAUUGCGAUUCUAUUUAACCGGCGAGAACAACGAGAAAUUCUCAUUGGACAAGGAAAACGGCGUUCUCAAGAUCGUUGGUCAAUUGGACAGAGAGACGCAGGCAAAAUAUUCUCUCACAGCCCACGUGCAAGACAGGGACAAGCCCUCUUGGGAAUGCUCGUCGCAAUUGGAAAUUCUAGUAUCGGACCUGAACGACAACGCGCCAAAAUUCACGAUGCAAUCCUAUAGCGCAACUCUUCCCGAAGAUGUGGAAGUCGGCACCUUGGUCACCAAGGUACACGCGACCGAUGACGAUAUCGGUAUUAACCGAAAGGUCAAGUACGAAUUCAUCGACUCAGCAGACGGGCAUUUCUUAAUAGCCGCGGACAGUGGCAUUGUGACACUCGCCAAGCCCCUCGACAGAGAGACGAAGGCAAUGUACAACGUUACAAUCCAGGCCCUCGAUCAAGGCACGCCUCAACUCGUCGGGGUCGCCACCCUGAUUAUCAACGUUCAGGAUAUCAACGACAACCCCCCGGAAUUCGCCUCCAAAUUUUACUUCGCACGAGUGCCCGAAAUCGAUGCCGUGGGCACCGAAGUCGCCAGGGUUCUUGCGACUUCGAAGGACACCGGGGUCAACGCUGACGUUUACUAUUCCAUAGUGGGAGGAAACGAGCACAAGAAGUUCCAGAUCGACACUCAAACAGGCGUCAUCACGAUAGCUGAACAACUUGACUACGAAAGGGCUCGCGAUUACUUCCUCACUAUCCAAGCGAUCGACGGCGGUAUACCGCCGCUGAGUAAUCACGCCACCGUCAAUAUCACUGUUACGGAUACCAACGACAACGCACCGAUCUUCAGCCAAGUUUCCUACAGUGCUCGGAUACGAGAGGAUGCCAGAAUCGGUGAUAAAAUAUUACAGAUAUUUGCAAACGACUUGGAUAGCGGUGAAAAUGGCAAUGUAUCGUACUCCAUCGAACGGGGGGACCGACAAAAACAAUUCUCCAUCGACGAGAGAUCCGGAUAUAUAUCUGUUGCAGCACCACUUGAUCGCGAAAUGAUUUCAAACUACGUCUUGGAGGUCCACGCUAAAGAUAACGGUAUUCCCAUGCUGAUGAGCUUCGUGAUGGUCAACAUUGAGAUUUCCGACGCGAAUGACAACCCCCCUCUAUUUGCCCAAUCUAAUUACACCGCAGUUGUGCAGGAAGAUAAACCCCUCGGUCACAUCGUAUUACAAUUUGGCGUUACUGACGCGGAUACGUCGCCCAACGCGGACCCCUACACUUUCGACUUUAGAUCCGGUAACGAAGGGGAUGCUUUUCGCUUGGAGCAGGAUGGAACUUUGAGGACAGCAACAAAAUUCAACAACAGAGUAAAGGAUAAAUAUCUUCUACACAUUCGAGUAUUCGAUAAUGGUAGUCCACCGCUAUACUCUGAUGCCUGGGUAGUCAUAAAAGUUAUCGAAGAGUCUCAAUAUCCACCGGUCAUUACACCCUUGGAGAUAAUAGUGAACUCUUACAUGGACGAGUUUCCGGGUGGUAUCAUUGGUCGGAUUCAUGCAACCGAUCAAGACCAGUACGAUACCCUGUCUUUCGGUCUGAUACCUUCAUCUUCCGGCCCGAAUACUGAUCUCUUCCAACUGGACAGUGUCGAAGGAACUCUGGUCGCACUACCCAGACUGGAUGUUGGUGAAUAUAGAGUGAACGUCAGCGUGACGGAUGGAAAAUUCUAUUCGUAUUCGAUCGUAAAAGUGAACGUUGAACUAGUCUCUGAAAGAAUGUUGGAGAAUUCGGUAAUAGUCAGGUUUAGGGAAGUGAGUCCGGAGGAUUUCAUUUUGAGCCAUCGCAAGGGUUUUAUCCGGACUGUCCGUAAUGCCAUGAAUUGCAGACUGAAAGAAGUUAUUAUAAUAAGUGUGCAACCGUCCGCGGAUGAAGCAAAUGUCAUUAAAUCCCGAGCAAUUCGCCAGGCAGUUCACCACGAUCUUGAUGUUUUAUUCGCGGUUCGUAAGGCUCAGACAUUAUUGGGCACGGCAGGCUUUUAUUCGUCAGAAAGCAUCCGAGAAGCCCUCAACCAACAUAUCGAAGAAUUAGAAGAGUCAACAAAGCUGGUGGUCGAAGAGAUUGUUAGAUUUAAAUGCAACAAGGGAUAUUGCGUCUAUGGAGAGUGUCACGACAAAAUAAAUUUGGACACGGUUCAAAUUACUCCUAUUGCUACCGACGUUACAAGUUUUGUCUCGCCGCGACAUAAGCACAAAAUGGAGUGCAGCUGUAAGGAGGGAUAUGCCGGGAAUCACUGCGAGGUUGUAGUAAAUGAAUGCGCCAGAGAUCCUUGUCCACUAUUCAAAGUCUGUGUACCAGAUUCUUCUAUACAAGGCUAUUCCUGCCAAUGUCCCGAGGGAUUUGCGGGACAAACUUGUGACAUUGACAUAUCGAAAUGUCACGAUGAAUCCUGCUAUAUUCCUCGAAAUCCCAUUUCAUUCAGCGGUAAAAGUUAUGCUCGUUACAAGGUAGACAAAGCAUUGAUAAAGGAAACAAUCGAGGACGGCCUUAGUCUCUCUUUACGAAUAAGGACCAUGCAACCAACCGGCAAUCUGAUGUAUGCAGCUGGUAAAGUUGACUACAACAUUCUGGAAGUGGUAAACGGGGUAGUGCAGUAUCGCUUCGAUCUUGGGAGCGGCGAAGGCCUGGUCAGGGUGAGCAGCGUUUAUGUAAGCGAUGGACAAUGGCAUGACAUUCAACUGGAGAGGGAGAAUAAUAACGCCCAUGUCACCGUCGAUGGAAAACACGUCGCUCAUGGGGCAGCGCCAGGAUUUGAUGAUAUACUGAAUUUGCAGUCUGAUGAUUUAUAUUUAGGAGCAGAAGUAAGACAGCACCCUUCAAUACUAGGAUUCGAGGAUGUGCAACGAGGAUUUAGCGGAUGCAUGGACGACGUCAGAAUUGCAAGAGUAUCUGUACCUCUUCACAUGAGCGGUGCCAGCAGUGUUGCUGUCCUGAAACGUUUUGCCAAUGUUGAGUUCAGCUGUGACUCUGCAGCACUAAUGAUUCCACCCGGAGUAUGCGGUUCCCAACCAUGCCAAAACGGUGGAACUUGUAAAGAGCUCGGGGGCGAUAGUUACGAAUGUCAGUGUCACGGAAGAUUCACAGGUCUUGCAUGCGACAUUGACACAGAUCCGUGUGCUUCGGCACCUUGCUUGUACGGUGGACGAUGUAAGGUAGUUGUUGGGGGUGGUGAUUUCACAUGCGAUUGCGCCAGUCCAAAUCUGAGUAGAAAGCGAUGCGAAUAUGGGAGAUAUUGCAAUCCGAAUCCAUGCAUCCACAGCGAGGUUUGCGAAGAGGGGAACAAUGGUCCAAUCUGCAAGUGUCACGGAUUUACGGGGGCGCGAUGUGAGACUGAUAUCAACGAAUGCGACACCAGGCCUUGCACUAACGGAGGCACCUGCAUCAAUGAAGUAGGAUCGUACAGGUGUAUUUGCCCUCCAAAUAUGACCGGAUUGAACUGCGGGAACCCUGCUUAUUCGACGCCAAUAAUGUCCAGUACUUUCAACAUUACCUGGGAGCAACUGCUGUGGAUCAGUAUAGCUAUUCUUCUAAUUGUGUCCAUAUUAUUAAGUGUAUGCUUAACUUAUCGGAGAAUCAGGAUCAAACGUACCAGAGCCAGAGCGAACAACAUAAACAACGAGACACGAAAACAAAUCGUCCUGAAUUCUGCGAGACCACAUGAACAUGAAUUCAAACGUAGCUCAAAGCUGAGCAACUUGGAAGUGAUACAGAGAGAACCCCCCCAGUGUCCUCCUCGUCCAGCCUCCUACACCCCUAGUUCUAACAAUGAGCCCGCACCCUAUAGCAACUCCGCUGCGCUCGCUCUAAAUAACUUGGAUACGCUACGAAGUUAUGGUAGUGCUGGAGACGAAUUGGAAAACUUCCCUCCCGAUUACCUGAGAAACCUGAACCGCAGUACCCCUUUACCUCCCCCUACCCUCACAAACCCCGUUGGCGGAAAUGCCACCGGCAGUGAUACGGAUAGUUUACACAAGUCCACCUGGCAGGAGCAAAUGCAUCUAGCAUCCUUCAUCACAGAUACCACGAAAAUCAAGAAUGACCUGAAACGAGCGAGUCCAGCGGUAUCAGAGCUGACCGUUGGAGGACUUCUACUGAAUACCCGACGCGGACCUCACGCUGGAGGAGCAUCGAUAGCUUCUCUCUCCUCCAUUGAAGAUGAUCCUCGUAUAGUAGGUGGGUAUCACUGGGACUGUUCAGACUGGGUCAGGCCAAGCCAGAACCCCCUACCUAACAUCACGGAGGUUCCUGGCAGCGAAGUUCCAGACUCAUCCAGCUUCCACAGCAAUGAGAGCAACGAGUCCAACACUCAUCAGCUACCACCAAUGCAUGGUCCAGUAGAUCCAUCAAGAGAUAUCGUGACCCUGGAUGAGGACCAGGAAUCCGAAUAUGUAGGAGACUCUGAAUGUGGGACAGAAUUUUCGGAACAUAAUUACUGUCCCGAAAGUCAGCGAUUGAAUCCACUGGAUAGUGGGUGUGAAGGAGAGUACAAGUACAAGGACUCCGACAGCUACCUUCGCCAUCCAAAUUCAUAUCUACCCCAUUAUAACAUUCAUACGGAUACGGAGAACGAGACAAAUCCGCUGAACGGGCGUCUUAGUAAUCUGGAAUCUGAUGAAGAAGACGACGUAGUGCCUUAUGGAUUUCCAAGUAGCCGGCGCAACCGAUGCCUGAAAGGAGACGACGUAGACGAAUUGGGUUCUGUGAUAACGACUCUUGAAGAGAGAAAUUCGCUCUUGGGCGGAGGAACCAGCAACAGUGAUCUCUCAACUAAUCUCUGUGAGAUUGACGACUCGGAGUACGAAAUAACGGACCAAAAACAGAACAGUCGUGUAUGGUUACCUGGCAACAGCAUCACGCAAACCUCAGUGUGACGCACAGUGAGUUGUGCUGCUAACGGACUAGACGUGAUCGUGUUUGUGUUCGUUAAAGAAACACUAGUUGUUCUAAAGAACGGAACUUUGUACAUAUUACCCUGAUAGAUAGCUAGGACAGCCCACGAAGGCAUACAUAUAAUAAUAAUAAUAAAAAAUUAAUAUACCAACAUGAUACAAUAUCAGUAGGUAGGUAGGUAGACACUAAUUAUGGCAACACAAUAAUCAGUACCAUAACGCGAUUAUCGUGUAUGAUAAACUGUAGGGCACAUCGAACUUGAUUUGUACUUGAACGGCAGGAAUGCAAACAGCCUUUUCCAAACUCUAUGCUUCCCAACGCAGUUUACGUGAGUAUUGAUCUAUUCUUUCAUGAACGAGAGUUCCGAAUAGCAGUGACUGCAAAUCAACUGCACACGAAAGUUCGCUGCUGCCUUAUUGCGAUCAUACAAUGUUAAUAUGCAACAUUUUGAAGAUUCUUAUGUGUAGCUGGAGCAAGAGUAAAUAUCAUAAACACAGCUAGCUAUUUAAGAAACACUCUCGCAUAUAGUGACAUAUUCAUGUAACAGAUGUUUAGAAGAAGUAAGAACUCAAAGAGAAAUGAAAUUAAUCAUGAUCACGUUGAUAGACCAAUGACUAUAGUUUAAAGAUUUAUAUUAUCCAAAAUGAAGUGUUCUUUACAUUAAACGAUAUACAAUAUCGCAUACAGCUGAGGAUUAUAGGCGUACGGGGAAAAGAAAGAAGGGGAUGAAAUAAGCCGAAUCGCGCGCGUAUUUUUACUCAAUGAUGAUUAGUAAUCAAUAUUAUUUUGAUAAAUUGUAAAUGAACUGAUGAACUACUUAAUAAUAAUCAUAAUAAUAACAAUAAUGACAGGAAUAAUAGUAGUAGCAGUAGUAGUAAUGACAAUGAUAUAAUAAUGAUCAUGGUAAGAAAAUUAAUAAUAAUCAUGAUAGUAAGAUUACUAAUGAUGGUAAUAAUAAUAAUAAUAAUAAUAAUAAUAAUAAUGAUAAUGCAAUUUUAUUACAAUAAUAAUACGACGAUGUGUAAUGAAUUACUUUAACAUUGUAUUACAUUGUAUGGUAUAGGAAAAUAAUUGAAUUACCCUGGUGGCGACGUGCCAUUGUAUCACAGGCGGUAUGCGUAUGCGUGAAUAAAACACUACUGUAUUGAAUGCACAAGUUUCUAAUUAAGAAAAGAUAUAAAAUAUUUUUACUGUGAUGAUAAUAAUGUUUGUACGAAGAUAGAAAAAAAAUGAAAAGUACACUAUAUGACGUCUUGUAUAAUAAUCACAAUGUUAAUAAUCUAACAUUUUAUAACUGAAUAAUUAAAACUACUGCGGCGGAAAAUGUUCCUCGCCUGUUGACUACCUAUAAAAUUAUAGAAUUUGAGUAAUUCAUUCAUUUCAUUUCGUGUAACUCCGUACACCUAUUUGUAUCAAUAUUUAGCACCAUCCGCCAUCCGGUGGGACAAUUUAUCUAGUUGACGUUUUGGUGCUGCCUAAAAGCUACAUCAUAUUUUAAUUAUUCCAAUGCUCUGAUAAGACUGCACGGUAAUGUAAGCAAUUUGUUGCCGAUCAUUACACCUUUGCUAUAAACAUUGCUUUCAUAACUCGUUAAUUGUAUCAGUAAUCAUUUUAUUCAAGUAUUCUAUCUUAUAUUUUAUACAUUUACGAAUGGACAUUUUGAAACUGCCAGCUCUGAAUGCCAUAUUAAAGAAUGCAUAUUUUUCCAAUUAUACAAAACUACUUUGUUAAGUAUAGGGCUUUACGAUAGAAUGGAUCAGAACAGUUGUAAUGAUGCGUUUUAAUUUUCACCUACUUAUAUUUGCAGAUUUAUGAGGUAGGAGGUACAGAUAAUUGUGUAUAAGAUUUUGUCUUGACAAAUGAAGUUUUAUGUUCCUGGUCUGCAAUAGACGUCAGCUAUUCUCGAUUUGUAUUUAUAGCAAGGAAAUAGACGAGUAAGCUGGAUAUAAAUACUAUCAUUAUAAUAUAACGAAUUGAUAUACAGGGUGAUUUGUUAGUUGGCCAGCAGUAAAUCGCCGACUCUAUUUUUAUAAGUUUAGUUCACUUUGACUAUUUUGAAAUUUUUUUAAUACUUUAUUUUUAUUUAAUUUUGCUUUUUUGCUAUUUUACAUGCCACAGCUGACUGUUACACUUCCAAGCAACCUACGAAUGUAUACCCAUAUAAUGUAUAGUUUCAAAUAAACGUGGAGGAAUAUUCUAUAUUA